AAUCAAUCAAUCAAUCAAUCAAUCAAUCAAUCAAUCACGCCCAGGCCGCGAGCGCGAGGGACCCGAGGAGGCCAGCAUGGUCAGCCCUCACCCAAACUGGACCGGUCAAUGCCUUGUCGGGUUAUAGACGGUGUUGUUUCAGGCGUGGGUGGCCUAACUUGAGGAUAUAGUUCGGCACCAAUGUUUGACCCCAUCGUCUUUUUGCUGGGCGGCCGGGCCUUGGACAGCAGGGCUGAGACGUGCGUCCAAGAGUCAUGCCCCCACGGGACAGGUGCGGCAGCCAGGGGGUCGGGGGGCUGCCCAGGCGACGUGUCCAACCGUCGACGGGACCUCGAUGCCCCUGUGUCGAUCAACUCUCGAGUGCCGGCCUCGCAGGCCUCACAGGCCUCACAGGCAGAGAGGGCUGGCCCGUGGCUUGGCAUCUCAUCUUCAGGGCCGACCGCAUUCGAGUCAACGUCGCCUCACCACCACCGCGACAGGGAUGCCCAGCUCCAGGCAGGCCAGACCGCAUCUUGGGCACGUGCUCGCCGUCGCCAGCCACGGGCUCGGCCACGGGCUCGACGAGCUCAGCAGAGAUGCAUGCAUGACAGUGCGUGCCUUAGGCUGGACGCCCUCAUGCGCAUCCCGGGCCUGCCAUGGGUCCCCUUCUCCCAGCGCCCCAUUCAAAUAUCCCCGGCCUGGGCCUGCUGUCGUCCUGGACCUCUGCUCAGGCUGCUCAAGCUGCUCAAGCUGCUCAAGCCCGCCGUCUCUCCUCCGCGCCACCUGCCAUACAGCCCGACGACCUCCCCGACGACCUCCCCCGCCGCCGUUCCCAGUCCCUACUGAUCAAUCGCCCAACGGCCCCCGGGCUCCAUGCAGCCUUCGCCCAACCCAACCGGCCAUGACGGCCACGGCCACGGCCCCACCUACGCCGACGCGCCCAGGCCGAGUGGGUCCUCCGCCGACUCGGCCACCCUCGCAGACGGCUCCCAGCCGCGACAAGGCCCUGUGGCCUCCCAAAGGCCCGCCGGCGGCCCAGCCUCGGCCCACCAGUAUUACCGGCCCACCUCGUACCUGUUCGAGGGCCGCGACACGAGCCCUGGCCCCGUCGCCAUCCCCGAGCUGCAGAAGCUCACCGUCGACGUGCCCCCUCGGGACCAGAUCUCCAUCAUUCUCGGGCCCUUCUUCAUCAUCUUUGGCGACCUCGUCGUCCCCUGCAUUGUCUACUACGUCUGGCUCGGCGCACAACCCGAGGGUGCGCCCAGGUACAACAAGGACAUCCUGGGCUUCGCCAUCCUUCCCUUCGGCCUCGGUGAGCUCUACAUCCUGGUCGUGCGCGUGUGGCGCCUCAUAAGGUACUACGACGACUGUGCCCCGCUGCUGUCCAAGCACAAAUGGGAGCUCGAUGCCACCUCGUGGAUUUACACGGCUGCCCUCUUCGCCGCCCUGAUCCCCUUCGUCGUCGGCUCGGAAAAGACCAUCCCAGAACUGUACCUCUACGCGCCCGGAAUCUACAUGGCCUUCAUCCUCUCCUGGGCCUUGUUCAGCCUCAUACCGUUCAAAACACCAGUCCGCAUCGACUCGGAGCCCAAGGGUCACCGCAUGCGGCCUCUUGUGUACUACGCCGCCGAGGACUUCUUCGCCGUAGAUGGCUGGCAGAAGAAGGAAUUUCGAGCCCGCUACAGACAGCGCUACGAGUCAUCCAUCAUGUUUCAGAAGAUGAUCUUUGAGCUGACCCUGUGGUGGUGUUCUGGCAUCAUCGUCUACAUUGGCUGCCUGUCCGCCAUCAUCUGGAACACGCCGUUCGAGGUUGCCUUUGGGCUGUCGCUCGGGCUGCUGUUCUCCUUCAUCAUAUCAUGGUCUAUAAUGACCUACAUCUACAUCCAGGUAGCACUCGAGAGGGAGAGAAAAUGGUGGAUAAACAACAAGUCUUCAGGGGAAAAGCCUUAGAACCCUGUCACAAGGGUCUCGUGCACAACGCCACGGGGUGUAUGGGUAUCUGAAAUUAGGGCGUAUGUACAAUGGACAUGUUACAAAUACUCAAAACGGCCCGACUUUUGCAUGCAAGUACUUCAACAGGUGUUGACCAGACGCUUGACUCCAUAGAGAGAGCACUCUUUCCGUUUCGUGCUGGAAUAAUGAACAACAAGAGGUAUUGUGGUACGGCACAUGGUAAUGUGUAAAAUAGGUUGUUGAUUGAAUAGUACAUAGGAUAACCGGUAGAUUGGAGCGACAAGACAUACUUAAGUGGUUUCGCUUCUAAUAUUCCGUAUACGUCCGAGGACAUACAUGGCGCCUUCAUACGGUGGUAAGCGCUCAAGACCCAGCGCUUGACAAGACGUACUUGAGUGUACUACCUAGGUAGCUACCCACAGCGCGCAAAGGAUUCCAGCGUUGUCCUUAUUUGGGAGCAUGUGGUUGGGCACUUUAGCUAUGAGGUAUUCAAUGUCGACUUUUUCUACCAAGAGUAGUAAUGUGCUUAGUCAGCUUUUUAUUUUUAUUUUUACCAGCAG